AGAAAAGCAGUGCCGGCAACGAAUACAACGCUGUGUUUCACAAAAAAGAAGGUCAACCGGUUCUUUCCAUUCUCUGUUUAAGAGACGGGGCGCUGACGGCGUAAGUGCCUGGAGAGACUUUCAGUGCUCUCUGCCGCUGUCGGCUUUGUGGACCUCUCACACCCAGGAGGCGAGGCGACGAAAAGCAUGCAGAAGAUCGAAAAAAGAGAAAUCGAAAACGCUGGAAAACGUCAGAGAAAUCCAGAAGUCACGCCGAGACCGGAACGCGACGACACGACAAAGAAACCGCGUGGACGUCCGACCUCGGCAAGAGGUAGAGCAGGCCGGCGAAGGUGCAGGGGGAGCUUCGCUGCGCGUCGAAAAGAAGGUCGCAAAGCCGGAAGAACACAGAAACAACAGAAGCGGGGAGCGUACGGCUCUUCCUUUGUUCGUUCUUUAGGUGAAAACGAAAUCUCGUGGGAGUGGAAUUAAGAGAUUUGCCGUCCUUUAGUUGUCCUUGGACUCGAGAGGCAUCUCGGCUCCGAGCGUGAUGACCAGGGCGCGUCUUCAAGGUAGAGAAAGGCGAGAAAGAAGUCUAUUGCUAAUGAGAUUCGUUUUUAUUUCGUUUCCCCGGCUCGGUUCACGUUUGGCCAGAAAAGUGAGCCCGUCAAGCGGCCGCGAAAGCUCUGGAAAAGUCGUUUUCCACGGCGUGCGCGGUCCAAAAACGAAAAGGUGUGCAGCAAAGUUCCCGUCCACAGAGUGAGAGGAACGCAACGAGGAGCUGUCAGAAGUUUGCAAGCAAAAGCAAGGGGUUCGCAAGGAGACGCCGCCAGUUCCCUGCGAGCUGAGAGAGUGCGAAAAAAAAACGUUUGUGAGACUCUCAUGUGAUAGUCGGGCUAGCAAAUGCCGCGAGGAACCGCAGCGGCAGAAAGGCGUUGCGUCGCAAGGUUGUUUCUGCGUGGCGUUCGAUUCGAGAUUUCGAAGAUGCCUUAGGCGGCUUCGGGAGUUUCGGUGAAUUGGAAGAACGCAGACAAGCGGCGAGGCAGCGCGAGCCUCUCUUUCCCUGUGCGGCGACUUGGACUUGGCGUUUUCCGCGUGCGGCUGCUCACCCGCGCUGUCUGCUGCGGCGAAUUCGCGCGAAAAAAUGCUUUUUGGUCGCGAAAAGCGGCCCGGACAUGUCUUCCCCACCACGCCGGGACUGUGGACUGACACGCGGCAGCCAGUUUCGGUUUUUGCGUGCCUUGUUUGGCAGCGAAUUCACUCACUAUCAGAACUGUGAGAGCCGUCACGAUUCACCCCAGUAGUAGCACAGAGGCGCGUCUUCCGCGAUUUGUCUCUCUAAGAAGUCUCCCACUGCGGAGGGAAAAAAGCUCAACGCGCGCGCGUACCUUGUCAGUUUGGCGUUCUUCUACUUUAUUGGCGACCCAGGGCUGAUUUUUCAGCCAGAAUUUCCAGCCGACUGUAUUCCAGUCCAUUCGCGCUGCUUCGCCCCCGCGACCGAUCGAGGAGCGAGGACGAGAAUUUUUGUGGGAAGUUUUUCGAAGUGGCGCCGUUCUCUGGUCAACGGGCGCCGCGGGUGUGUGAAGACGCGACGCCGACACAAAGAACUCGACUAUCGGACUCGCGUUUCCUUUCGUAACAGCGUGUAUAGUUCCAUUUCCCGUUGUUUUUCGCGGUGGCGUGGCGCGUUUCACCUAGCCCGCAACUGGUUCGCGUGCCGUCCACCCCAGCGCUGCGGGGAGGCAAACUCACCACGCAGAAAUCCGUUUUUUCUGUUUUAUCGUCUUCGACCUUUCCUUUUGAGGAACCCCAUUUCGGGAAACGGUUUUCUGCGUGGCUCGGCGCGAGGACUUCUGCUCGUCCGCUGCUGUGUCCCGUCGCCGUUGCCCCACGUCGCGCCGUCACGGUCGAUUAUCGCAUGUCUUUCUUGAGUUUUCCUCUCUUUUCUUCGCGAGACAAGAUGAACUCUGUCAAGCCACCUAGACCCGGCCACUUCCUCUUCACCUCCGAAUCGGUGAACGAAGGCCAUCCCGACAAACUCUGCGACCAGGUAUCCGACGCCGUCUUGGAUGCGUGCCUCGCACAAGACCCCGACAGCAAAGUUGCUUGCGAAACGUGCGCCAAAACAGGCAUGAUCAUGAUCUUCGGUGAAAUCACCACCAAAGCCUCUGUCAACUAUGAACAAAUCGUCCGCGAUACCGUCAAGGAAAUUGGCUACGAUGACGAGUCCAAAGGUCUCGAUUACAAAACGAUGAAUGUCGUGGUGGCGAUCGAGGAACAAAGUCCCGACAUCGCGCAGUGCGUGCACGUGAACAAGAAGGAAGAAGAAGUCGGCGCAGGCGACCAGGGCCAUAUGUUUGGCUAUGCUUGCGACGAAACUGAGGAGUUCAUGCCCCUCUCACACUCGCUUGCCACCCGUCUCGGCAAACGGCUCACGGAAGUCCGCAAGCAGGGCAUUCUCCCGUACAUUCGCCCCGAUGGAAAAACCCAGGUGACUGUCGAGUACGAGGACCGUAACGGAGUUCCAGUUCCGAAGCGCGUGCACACAAUCGUCAUCAGCACACAGCAUGCGCCAGAGGCGUCGAACGAACAGCUGCGGGCGGACUUGAUGGAGCACGUUGUGAAGUACGUCGUCCCUCCCCAGUACCUCGAUGAAGACACAGUCUACCACUUAAACCCGAGUGGGAAGUUCGUGAUAGGAGGUCCCCACGGCGACGCUGGUCUCACCGGCAGAAAGAUCAUCAUCGACACGUACGGAGGCUGGGGAGCUCACGGAGGAGGCGCAUUCAGCGGGAAGGACAGCACGAAGGUGGAUCGGUCUGCGGCGUACGCGGCGCGGCGCGCGGCCAAGUCGCUGGUGGCGAACGGCUUUUGCAAGCGGUGUUUGGUGCAAGUGUCGUAUUCCAUUGGCGUUUCUCACCCUCUCUCGCUGUUUGUGAACUCGUACAACACUGCGGCGGAGAACUACACGGACGAAAUGCUGCUCAAGAUCGUCAUGGAGAACUUCGACUUCAGGCCGGGUGUCAUUUUGCGGGAGCUCCGCCUCAAAGAACCGGGCUUCAAGCGCUUCGCUGCGUACGGCCACUUCGGCCGCACCGAGGAAGAGUGUGCGUGGGAGAAAGUUGUGGACCUCUCGCACUGCAAAGUGCCGAGCAAGUCUGCGUAAUCGCAGAGGAAAGCCGGAGCGGGAAGGGUAGCACGCGGUUCCUGUUCCGCCCUCGAUGUGAAGCCGAGACAAAUAGAGCCCCAAACGGAACGAGAAGCGUGCGUCGCCCGUGCCUGUGCGUCGGCCUUCGAUCCUGCAUGUGCUUGCAAUGUGCGUGGUGUCAAUGUGGGGGCGGUCCACAGUUUGCAGUGCUUUUCGACGCAGAAACCGAUGUUCGAAUCCAGUGUUCUCUGUGCCACUCGAGCAACAAUGGGUCUUGGAGACCGACACAAGCAAACAAUUUUUUCCACAGG